AUGUCCCCUUCACGGGCAACAAGAAUGUCACCCCGUAGGGAUCUUAGAGCCGAGAAUCACAAGAGAAGGCAUAGUCUUGAGAGUGGGAUUUCGCAUCGAGCCAAUGAAGAUAAUCUCGAGCUAUUCAAUGAGGUUCGGGACAAAGAGAGAGAAAAUUUCUUGUUGGAUUCGAGCGAAAAUAUUGACGACAUCUUCUCGACAAAAUUAGGAUAUUUCUCGGAUCAUAAGCUUGGAAUUUCAGCCCCCAGUCGAGGAGAGAGUAGUGACCUGCUCAAUGAUGGGGGCAAUAAUAAAAAGGACUAUGAGUGGUUGGUAACUCCUCCAGAAACUCCUCUUUUUCGUUCGCUGGAUGACGAGGCGCCAUCACAAGUCAAUCGUGCACAUACGAGCAAACCCUUGAUGGAGAGAGGUCAAAAGAGCAGUAGAACUAGAGCCAGUCCAAGCCCACAUCGCCGUAGCCCAUCUCCAAAACCGAGCAAACCUUUCUCUGUCACUCGCUCAAGCCCUCCUUCAAGAGGUCAUUCGCCCCCACCCAGGUCCAGUUCACCGACACCACUGAGGAUAAUAUCCAGCACAACCACCCCAUCAAGAACGAGAGGUGCAUCGCCAGUCAAGACAGGCCGAGGGAAUUCGGCCCCACCAAAAGUAAGAUCAUGGCAGUCGAGCAUUCCGGGAUUUUCCUCCGAAACGCCCCCGAACCUUCGGGUGGACCGGCCGGCCUCGUAUGUGAGGGGUUCAUCACCAGCUUCUGGGAAUGGAAGAAAGUCGAUUUCUCCAAGUGCUUCUAGAAGCAUCGGCUCGUCCAGAGGCUCGGUUGUGUCUUCUGGCGAUGAUGACCAGGAUUCUCUGCAGUCGGUCUCUGUGGUCGGAAGGGAUGCUGGCAUUUCGAGGAAACAGACGAGGGUUUUGUCGAGCUCGGCCACGAAGAGAUCAUUAGAUUUGAGUCGGCAAAUGGAUCGAAAAAGUCCACCGAAUAUGUUCAGACCGCUGCUUUCCGGUGUCCCAAGUUCGACAUUUCAUGCAGGACAUGCAAGUUCACCACAUUAUUCCUCGGCACCUAAAUAUUCUUCAAUCACAGCUAGAAACAAUCCUAGUACCAACCUAGGGACAAGUGGAUCCAAGGAUACCGAAAUAAACGAGCCAAAACAAGAAGACACGACAAUCGACCCUUUUAAGGACCAUGAUUCAUAUGCUGAUGACGACGACAUAUUUGUCAUGGAUCAGGCACAUGAUUUAAGUGACAAGAUCUCGCGGGACCCAGCUGUCGACACAGCUGGCACAAUUAUGGAUGUGAACAGAAGUGAAUUUUCCGACGCUAAUGCCCCUCCGGUUAAUACGGUAAUCGUGUGCUCUAUAUGCGGCUUGAUAUUUAAUUCAUCUGAAGUAGUUAUAGUCGAGGGGGGCCCACCUAUCUGUCACGAGUGCGAAAAUUUGGAAGCAAAUUCAACGACCGUUAACCCGGUUGAAAUUUCGGAAGGGAAAAAUUAUAUUGAGAAAAGUCAACUACCGAAAAUGGUGUCAACUUCCGAAAAUCUUGUGACACAGCCGACUGAAGAAGACAAUGAACUUACUUUCACCUCUCGACUAGUGAUUAAGCAAUUGCAGCAUGAUUGGUUCGGUUCGAACUCAGGAGCCGGUGCUCCGAAAAUGUCUGGUAAUAAUUUUUUUACUAUCCGGAGCAGGAGUUUUACGGCAAGUAACAACACCAGCUUUGACGAUUUUUCAUGCGCGAGGAACAGUUCGAACAGCAAGAAAAGCACGUUUAGUGCAUCCGUAUCGUCUUCUUAUGAUCUGGGCGGGUUUUCUUCCAGGCAAACGGAUCGCCGGAUUUGUCGGCAGACGAGCGGCCCGAAUUCUGACGUGGGAACUUAUAGAUACGAAAUGCCUACUGUGCACAUACGCACAGACUCGUCAAUAUCUGGUGCUUCGACUCAUUUGCUGCAUGUCACGAGUGAAGAUGGUUUUGAGGACUUUGAGAAGCAAACAUGCUCGGAUCCUCAAGAACAAGAAACAUAUUAUAGUACAUGCGCUAAUACUGAAAAAGAUGACAUUUUUAGAACUCAAGAGCAGCUGGUGUUAGAGGAGAGCAAUGAAAACGUAACGAGCCACUUUUAUGAUUCAGUGAAUGACAAAAGUUUGCCUGAACAAUCUAUGGCUUCCGAGCAGGAUGAAGAUGUGGGCUUGCCAAGUUCAUGUGCUGAUCGGGUGGAUAUCUCAGAAGUUCCUAAACCGAGCUCUUUUGAUGCUGGUGUUGUAUCUGAUGUUGAUGCCAUUGAUUCAAAGAGCUGCACGAAUGAAAUACAGAAAGAUGAGGAUAUUACAGAAUCUGUCGAAGGAUUUGAAAUAUCGAUACAUGGCCAUCAUGUUCGUGAUGAAUCGAGGAAUUUGUCAGAAGACACAGACGAAACAAAACCGAGUAGCCUAGUGACCGUUGAAGAAGCCACAGAAGCUAUCCUUUUCUGCAGCUCCAUAGUCCACAGCCUCGCAUACGAAGCUGCGGAUAUGGCAAUAAAUAAGGAAAGCCCGCCAACGGAAGUCCUUAGGCCUGCAGUGGCAUUUUUGGGCGGGCCCAAUUCAAAAAGAAGGGACAAUAAUAUGCGUUUGAGGACCAUGAGGAAACGUAGCCCGAGGGUCCAAAGAGCCCGGCAGAAGAAGCCCGAAAUGGACACAAAGCCUCUUUCUUGCAAUGCUGAAGCUGACGCGAACUCAAGCCCGGUCAUUGUUAGAGUUCGUAAUGAAGUUGACAGCGUGGAGCCCGCCAAGCUGGAGUCGAAGUGUAAUUGCGUGAUUAUGUGA